AUGACAAAUGAAAUUUCAGCGCUGCCUAGUCCAGAAAAGGUGACCUCUACUCUAACCGCGAUACCGAUGCCCAGUUCACAAACAACAAUGCUAAGUACAGAAUACUCCACCCCCGCUCUAACAACAACACAAAUGUCCAGUUCGCAAACAUCAACCAGCAUUGAAGUCUACUCAGCGAGCCCAACCUAUGCCACAACACAUGAAUCUGGGAAGAAUUCAACGUGGUCAACAUUAGGGAAAUCACAAUCCCGAGUUGUCCGGAUAUACAAUAUGUAG